GACAGAAAACUCACAAAAGUAGAGAGGCAGAGAUUUAAAGAGGAAGCAGAAAUGUUGAAAGGUCUACAGCAUCCAAACAUUGUGAGAUUUUAUGACUUCUGGGAAUCCUGUGUAAAAGGCAAAAGGUGCAUCGUGUUGGUUACGGAAUUGAUGACCUCUGGAACACUGAAGACGUAUCUGAAAAGAUUUAAAGUGAUGAAACCAAAAGUCCUGCGUAGUUGGUGCCGGCAAAUCCUGAAGGGUCUUCUCUUCUUGCACACAAGAACUCCACCAAUCAUUCACAGAGACUUAAAAUGUGACAAUAUUUUUAUUACUGGGCCAACUGGAUCUGUGAAAAUAGGAGACUUGGGUCUGGCAACUCUCAAGAGAGCUUCAUUUGCCAAAAGUGUAAUAGGUACACCAGAAUUCAUGGCCCCGGAAAUGUAUGAGGAACACUACGAUGAAUCUGUGGAUGUCUAUGCUUUUGGAAUGUGCAUGUUGGAAAUGGCUACCUCAGAAUACCCUUACUCAGAAUGCCAGAAUGCUGCUCAAAUUUACCGGAAAGUAACCUGUGGUAUAAAGCCAGCAAGCUUUGAGAAAGUUACUGAUCCUGAAAUUAAGGAGAUAAUUGGGGAGUGCAUUUGCAAAAAUAAAGAAGAAAGAUAUGAAAUUAAAGAUUUAUUAAGCCAUGCCUUUUUUGCUGAAGAUACUGGGGUAAGAGUGGAACUUGCGGAAGAAGACCAUGGUAGGAAAUCCUCUAUUGCCUUAAGACUCUGGGUAGAAGAUCCUAAGAAACUGAAAGGAAAACCCAAAGAUAAUGGAGCCAUUGAGUUUACUUUUGAUCUGGAGAAGGAAACUCCUGAUGAUGUUGCACAAGAAAUGAUUGACUCUGGAUUUUUUCAUGAAAAUGAUCUCAAGAUAGUUGCAAAGUCCAUACGUGACAGAGUAGCAUUAAUACUAUGGAGAAGAGAGCGAAUUUGGCCCAGGAUGCAGUCAGAGGAACGUCGGGACUCUGAGUGUCUGGAGAAGCUGAAGACGCCACAUGCACAGCAGGUCCAGGUCACUUACCUUUCUCACACUGGUCACCAUGUCCUGUCAGAGCCUGAGGAGCCCGAGGCAGACCAGCAUCCCUUUCAGCAGAACCUGCCCACCAGCGUAACUUCUGUUGCAUCUGACAGCACAUUCGACAGUGGCCAGGGGUCCACUGUUUACUCAGACUCCCAAAGCAGCCAGCAAAGUGUCAUCUACUCGUCCCUGCCUGAUCCGGUACCUCCUGCUAUCCAGCGGGUGUACAGCCCACCUCUGAGUGAGAGCCAGGCUGUGCCCCACGGCCUUCAGCAGCUGGGGCACUACCAGCAGCCCUCAGGACCUGGCGUCCCCGCAGUGCCAGCUGCACCCACCGUGGUGUCCCAGCGGCCCCAGCCCUACCCGGAUCCAGUGAUGCCGUUCCCCGUGGUCCAGCCCACCACCGUCGCCUCCCUGCCCCUGGGGCAGCCGCAGCCAGUGCUGGCUGGCCAGCAGCAACCCAUAGCCCAGCAGGCAUCCCUCCAGCAGGUACUGGCCAGCCAGCCCGUUUGCCCCAUUCAGCCUACAACCCAUCUGCUGCCCCAGUAUCAGCCCCAGACCUCUCAGGUGGCAGCCAGCAGUGCUCCACUGAAACCUCUUCAAAUUUCAACCAUGCCGCAGCUUCCACCGGUGGCCCCUUCCCAGAUUCCUCAGUUUCCUGUCAUUCCUGCAAUUACUCCUCUGGCAGGACUUGACAGCCUUCCUCCAAACCUCUCUGAUUUACCUGCUGCAAACGUGCCCCCCAUACCUGCUCCUUCUCAGUAUUUUGCUCCAGCUGUGAUUUUACCCAGCCUCCCCAUGAACCCCACUCUGCCUAUGGCACCAAGCUCCCCUGCCCUCCCCAUGCAGGCAGUCAAUCUUCCUCAUACCACCGUGGCUUCUUUGGUCUUGCCCUGCCAAACAAUAGUGCCAAAUAUGUCGGCUGCUACAAUCCCGCUGCUUGCCGUGGCACCGCCAGGAGUGCCAGCACUGCCGCCACACCACGUGGUGCCCCAGCUCUCCCAACAGCAGAUGUACCCAGCCACCUUCCAGCAGAUCAUUCAGAGCGAAGCGCCCUCUCCUCAUCACACUCAGGGCACACAAGCAGCAUCUCAGGCGCAGCAACCUCAGUCACUCCAGCCAAGCAUAAUCCAUCCUUCCGAGCAGCCUCUGCCUGUGCCUGGGGCUGGACACCAGCAGAUGACUGGACACACUCAGUAUGCUUUGGAGGCUGGAGCCCAGGUGCCCAUGCUGCCAGUGCAACCCUCCAUAGUCAUGUCACCACCUUUGCAGCUGCAGCCCGAGCUGCUGCCGCCCCGUGCCGCUCCGGAAGGCGUUUCACAGCUCCAUGGCAGCCUUGCUGCAGCCAGCCCGCCUGUGCCCGUAGAUCACUGCCUGCCUCUGCAGCCUUCUGGCCUGCUCCAGCCUGAGUUCCCCCAGCCGCUGGCUCAGCAGCUCCCAGCUCCCUCCUCAGCGGGCCCGGCACUCGCAGAGACAUCUCAAGAG